AGCAUUGGGAGUCCUUCUGCAGUCAGAGGUUCAAAUAUCAACAGUGAGGUUUCAUUUUCAAAAAUGCCUUGGCAGGGAUCAUGCCUCAUCUCCUAAUAAUAAUCAGGGACUGCAGAUGGCUUAAAUCUAGAUACAAGGCACUUCCGGAACUUACCGAGUGGAACACAUCUCUGCAGCCGGUCCAAGAAUGCAUUAUGUAUAAUGACAUUGAUCUGGGGAGCUUUAGGGUGGUUCGAUGCAAAUACGUAACAUGCACUUGUAGGAAAUCUUUCCCCUUAAGAGCGCAUCUGUCUCUGGUGUAGGAAAAAGUGCUACUAGAAAGAGAGAAAGUCUCUGUUCUGGUCUUUUCUGGAGGCUGGCUAAAAGGUGCUGCUGGAAAUUGGUGUUGUGCGGUGCGGCGCGCUGAAUCCAGCUGUUGGCGCUGUCCGUGGUACUGAAGAAAUCCCGGCUGCCGGUAGAUUGAGCUCCAAAGCGGCAAUCUGGGCAAACUGCUUUCUUUGAUGCAGAAAUCAAGCUAAAGUUGUUCCUUGGCUUCAUAUCCAUUGUAAGCAUUUUCUGUUGUUGUGAGAGGUGAUUGAAGACGCAUAUUGUGAUGAUGCGGAGGGUAUUUCAGGAGGAGCUGGCUUUAAGCUAUACAGCAUACUGUUGCUGUUUGUGGUGUUGAAAGGCUAACCAAACCACCUUUCUCUUCUGCCGUUACAAACACUGUGCAAAGGAUCUCGUGUUUGGAAGAAACGCAAUCAAUUGGGAAAUUUCAUAGAAGGAGCUGAGAAAAUCCUAAAAUUAAGUUCAAUAUGAUUAUACUACGGGAGUCUGAAUUUCGACGAGACAGCAUUGCUUCUUGCUUUGAAUUCUGAACACUGGUCCAAAGCUUAAUUCUUAUGUGUGUCUGCUGUGUUUCUCUCUGGAAGGGCGGGAGACUGCCUGCCUCUUUACUGUGUUUUGAAAUGGGAGGCAGAGAAAAGGGAUUGCCUAUAACUCAUCCCUGAAAAAAAAAAUGUAUUCUUCGGGUAAUUAAAGAGAAACUGCUUUACUAAAACACAUCUAACCUUUUAGUUCAUAUUGGCCUGUGACCCUACCAACAUCAUUAACCUCCAUACUGAUUAGCCUACCCCUCCGGUAUUCCCAUGGAAGCAGCUGGGUAUAUUUAAUAUUAGGACCAUAUGCAGAAGUCUUUGAGGAGGGGGAUGGCUCUUCCUAUUCAUGAAGCCUGCAUACUUCUGUUGGUAAUCUCUGGUUUGGUCACCCCAGCUGCCAUCAAUCAUGAAGACUACCCUGCUGAUGAAGGUGACCAGGCCUCGAGUAAUGACAAUCUGAUCUUUGAUGACUAUCGAGGGAAAGGGUGUGUGGAUGACAGCGGCUUUGUAUACAAAUUGGGAGAACGUUUUUUCCCAGGGCAUUCCAACUGUCCAUGUGUCUGUGCUCUGGAUGGACCUGUUUGUGACCAACCAGAAUGCCCUAAAAUUCACCCAAAAUGUACUAAAGUGGAACAUAAUGGAUGCUGUCCUGAGUGCAAAGAAGUGAAAAACUUUUGUGAAUAUCAUGGGAAAAGUUACAAAAUCUUGGAGGAAUUUAAGCCCUCUCCAUGUGAAUGGUGUCGCUGUGAGCCCAGCAACGAAGUGCACUGUGUUGUAGCAGACUGCGCAGUUCCUGAAUGUGUCAACCCAGUCUAUGAACCAGAACAAUGUUGUCCUGUCUGCAAAAAUGGUCCAAACUGCUUUGCAGGAACCACAAUAAUUCCAGCUGGCAUUGAAGUGAAAGUGGAUGAAUGUAACAUCUGUCACUGUCACAACGGGGACUGGUGGAAGCCUGCUCAGUGUUCAAAACGCGAAUGCCAAGGCAAGCUGACUGUUUAAAGCAGAAUCCCAACCAAUGACAAGUCCAUAAAAUGAAAAAAAAAUGUUAUGGCUUCUACACUGCACAUGUUUAAAACAAAACAAAACAAAAACUGCCAGCUACAACCGGGUCACCAGCAAAAACCUUUUAGGGUUGACAAAAGUGAAUAUUUUACUAAGAGGAAAUUUCUCUCUUUCUCUCUCUUGCUAUACCGAAUAUAUACAGUAUAUAGCUAUCUAACACGCUUUUGUAAGUCCCAAUGCUUGACGGUGACACAACGUCGGGAUUUCUGACUCAGAAAGGAAGUACCAUCCAUUCACAGACGCCUUUGCUGGUGAUGCCUCUGACCUGCCAAUUUAUCUUCAGCUGUUUAACUCCUUUUUACUCUUCUGUACAUCAAACAUGGCAUUUUCCUAUUGCGGUUCCCUCCCUUUUAAGAAUCUUGGGGACCAGAUUCUAUAGAACGAAAAAAAAAAAGUUUUCAGCUGAGCCAAAAUGCUGAGAAAAAGGAACGCCUAAAUAGUGAGCAUAUUUACAACUAGGAGCACACCAAGACUCAGAUUAAUCAAACCACCCAUGUCAACCAUGUUCAUGUCCUGUGAUAGGAAAAGAGAAGCAGAGAUUGGGAGGAGGCACAAAGGAGCAGGGUAGGGACCGAAUGCUUUCUCCACCUGAUAUUGCCUCAUACACUGAGGAAAACCACUGGAGUUUCAGGUGUAAGAUCCUGAAACUACCAAUGCAAAUCUAAGGUGGGGAGGAAAACCUGGACCCAAAUGGAAAAGAAACAGGGUUCCACUUGAAAGAUUAAAAAAAAACUAUAUCACAUUAGCCACCAGACUUCAUCAUACUGCUGUACUGAGUUUGGAUUGUCCCAAACACACUCAAAUAAACAUAAUAACAUUGUCAUCUGGUGAUAUAAUUCUGAGAGCCAAGUUGAACAAUCCCACUGUGAAUCCGAAUUGUUCUGAACAGCCUUGGCUCUGGGGGCCAGACUUGGUUGAAAGCCAGGAGGUUAUAUAGAUUUCCUGGAUUGAAUCUGUGUUUAUCAUGUUACAGUAACAUCCUCUCAGCCCUAUGUCGAAAAAGACAAGAUUCAGGACACUCUUUCCACCUCAAGUGCUGAUUUAAAUUAGUGAUUAGGGUAGAGAUUAGGGGGAGACUUGCACAAUACAACUUUAUCAGUUGACCAUUUAGAGAUAUGUAUGUAUA